AUAUGAGUUAUGACUCGUUUCUCCCUUCCUUGUUCCUUCCGUUUAGGAAAAGAAAGUGUUUUGCCCAAAAUGAAGACUCAUGCUAUUACUCACGCCACUGAUGACAGAGUACUACAGACACCAUUUCCAUGUUCUUCAGUACUCCUAUUACUCUACUGCCCACCUCCCUCCUCCUCUCAUACACACUCACAUCUCACACUGCAUUUUUGUACUUUGAGCUACAUCAAAAUUUGAAUUUUGAAAUUUACAUCUUCAGUAACCAUUUACAAUUUCACAGAAAUGGUGUUCACUCGAAGUGGAAGAGGAAAAAUUAGAGAAACAGGUGAAAUAAACAAAGUCAAUCAUGUGAAGCGAACAUACACUCGAAAGAAUCACUCCCCUCAUUCUGCUCCCCAGCUGAAGCGCUCAGGAGAUAGGCUCCUCUUUCCUGACUUGCUAAAGCAUCAUGGUCAGGUAACAAUUAUGCAUUCUCAUAAAGGAGGGAUAAAAAGGAUGGCAAGGAGGGUUAUAGAUACCAGUAUCACUUACAAUCAAAAAGUAGAAGAAGAAGAGACUGAAGAGUUGAUUUCAGAUGAGUGUAUUAAAAAUGAUGGAAGGAACUCAAACUCCAUCCAGAAAACUCAGCAGUUACAAGAUGAAAACCUUUCUGGUUCAAGGUUUCAAGCUGAUAUCCAACUUUCUGUAAUGAAGAAUCCAGAAGCAGUGGAUCUGAACAUGCAUGGUGCAUUUGCUGCAGACCUAGAAGGAACUCUGCAUCAGGGUGCCAGUGCCACUCAUUCUGAUGAGGAUAUGUCACCUAGUGAUGGCAAUAAGAUGCUAAACAAUACAAAAAACAACCCAAAUGAGGGAGUUGUCAAUUGCUAUCUGAGGAGUAGCCAUCAUCAUCAAUCUGCAUCAGAGAAAAUAGCACAUCUUCCUGUGGCUGGUGUACAUGGAAACCUGGAAAGUAUUGGUGAUGAUAUGACAUUUGGGCAGAGGGCGGACGAUGUGGCAUCAAAUAAUGCCCAAGAAGACAGAGUCAGCUGUGGCUCCCUAAGGAACAAUAACCUACCAACUAGAAGCUUGAAUCUGACUGAGAUAGCUGAGCAAAUGAAUGCUGAUGAUGAAUCUGAAGUAGACUCUCUAGAAGGUGAGAGCAGCAUAUCUGUUAGGGGGUAUAAGGUUAAACCUCAAUAUGUUGACCCUCUCAGAUCUAUUCUUUCUAAGCAUGGGGAUAUAGCUGUUAACUGUGACAAACCAGUAGCUAUUCGCUCAAUUUACUUGGUCUAUCUUUGUGAAGUUCUUGAAAAGUUGAAGACAACUAAUUUUGUAGCCAUCACAAGGAAUGAACUUGAAGAAAUACUGGCUUCUCUCAGUCAUAUUGAAGGAGAAUGUGUAGAAGUUGGCUGGCUCAAGAACAGGGUCAAUCUGAUCCAUGAAGCAAAGCUGGCUAUAUCAGUGCUGAGGCCAACUUCUGAUGUGAAACAGCGCCUAAUUCAGCAAAAGUCAAAAGUUCAGAUUAUAAAAGAUCAGCUGCAAGUUUAUGAAAAAGACUAUGCUAUCAAACGAGCAGAGAUUGCUAACCUUGAGGAGAUAAUUCACGUUUCGAACUUUCAACUUUCUUUAGAGAUGGAGCAAGCAACAGAUACAGAAAAGAUGAUCUUGGAUUACAGGGCUAAGCUGAGACAUGUUUUUGAGUUAGAGUCUUUAGUUGAAAGUUUGAUAUGAAGUUAAGGGUGAAAGAAAAACCAGAUUAUGCACUAGUGCAUCACUAAACUUUUUAUGUUACAUUAAUUGUCUGCAGUCAAAGCAAUGCUGCUGCUGAAGCAUAUGCUUUUUAAAUUUGACUAACAUUGCUUUUCUUGUUAGAGAAAGGCCUUCACUCUAGGUCUUCAACUACAUGUUAGGACUUAAUUCAUAGAAUUGUUUUGGUACA